UUUCAUUUUUUUCUUAAUUUUUGCCACGUUUGCGUCGUGCAUGUGAAGGGAAAAAAGGGAGUUGUCAUACUCCCAGCUCGUCCAUGUCCGCCACCGCAGAAACCGCGCCGAAGCCUCCGAGCGAGGAAUCCAACUGGUCGCUCGAAGAAAUAUUCGAAGACAUAGAAUGCCGCUUCAUCAUCAACGCGCCAGACGAAGACUAUGAGUCUACCAACCGCAUCAUGUUCGAUAUCGAGGCCGCUCAGUGGUUCUACAUCGACCACGUCGUGCCGAAGUACAACCUGCCGUUCAUGACGCUCAAACAGUUCACUCAAAAGAUUUUCCAGCAUUGUCCCGCUCUUCGCGAGCACAAAAAUGUGAACGAGAUCCUGACCAGCUGGGGCCUAUAUAAGAGACAGGUUCCAGUUCGAGGGGCCAUCAUGUUGAACACAGAAAUGGACAAGAUCAUCCUUGUGAAGAAUAUUGGAGGUACGACUUGGAGCUUUCCUGGUGGCAAGGUAAACAGAAACGAGUCCGAUGUCAGCUGCGCUGUCCGCGAAGUGAUGGAAGAGACAAACUACGACUUAACCGCGUCGAUAUCUGAACAAAGCUACUUGGAAGCCAUUGUGGGCCAAAAGCCAUACAAGUACUUCUUGGCCACGGGAAUUUCAGAAAAUCACGACUUUCGUCCUUUGACGAAAGGAGAAAUCGAUCUCAUCCAGUGGUUCCCGCUGAACGACAUACCUCCAUUCACAGAACUUCAACGAUCGAAAAAAGCAGAAAAAUAUUUUUUCAUCGUUGAAAGAUUCGGCGCCAAAAUUCGCCGUUGGGUCCAGCAAAAAAAGCAGCUACAACAAAAGAGAGGUAAGACAAGAAAGCCAAAGGCAUCCACCAAAGUCCUAUCGUACUCAUCGCCCGACAAUUUGCCAGAAAAUGGUAUAUCUAUAGACUUUGGCAAACAAAACACGUUUGAAAGCCCGUUUUCAGGCUUUCAAUUCAAUAGAGAAUUGCUCAUGGAACCUUUUGGCGGUUUUUUGUGUGACUGAAAAAAACUUUAGCGAGCUAGAAAAGGGAUCAAAGAAAACCAAAAGAGCCUGCAGAGUAAAGCACAUGUUUUAUUCAUUCAGCUGCGCAAGAUGGAUUUGCAGUUUUGCGAUAAGUAUCGAAAGGAGUAUACAGAACGCGAAUUUUCCCGCAGGUUACAUCCUAGUCGAAAUCAGAGCGGUUGAGCUGGCGCAAAGCCUCUUGUCGAACGGCCAACUCUAAUUCAUAGGCUGAACUUCCAGAGCAUUGUAAUAAAUUUGAUUUGAAA